AUGCACAUUCUUGCGGAGGUGCUGAAAAGCCUGUGUGUGCGGCUUGACUGGGAAGGAGGGGCCUCGACAGAGGUCGACGGCCAGACCAGGAAGCACACAGAACUUAAGACUUCAUCAUGGGCAGGAAGCACCAAGGAACUUGGGAAGGGAUCCAGCGGCAGCCUCAGCGGUCCUGGGGCCCGUGAUGGUGACAGCAGCAGCGUCCUGCCCGCAGAGGCGCCGCUGAUGACCUCAGGCUGCAGCUUCCUGCACGCCAGCGCUCUCUGGAGCUCUGAGAUUUGGUCUUGGAGGCCCCACCUGUUCUGCUCGCCUUUCUGA